UUGUGCUUUCUUUUCUUUUAUAAAGCAAUAAUAUGAUUAUUCUGUGAACCACUUAUUUGAUUCUUCUAACAAUCAUAAUGCAAACAAAUAAACACAUGAACUUUUAAGUUGGUAGAUUGGCUAUUCUUGUUAGUUGAUCCGAAACCACAAUUACUAAUUUACUACCACAACUUCAAUAUUUCUGCUAUAUAUUUCCUUCUAGUUAACAUUGACAUGGCUGAAUCAUUUGUGUUUGGUGUUGCUGAUUCACUGUUAGGGAAGCUUGCAUCAUAUGCUUAUGAAGAGGCUUCUCGUGCCUAUGGUGUGUAUGAAGAUCUCCAACGGAUUAAAGAUACUUUGUCAAUUGUCAAAGGUCUACUGCUGGAUGCUGAGGAGAAGAAGAACAAACAACAUGCCUUGCGUGAAUGGCUGAGGCAGAUUCGUAACAUAUGCUCUGAUGCUGAAGAUGUAUUGGAUGGAUUUGAGUUGCAAGACAAGAAAAAACAGGUUAUGAAAGUUUUUGGUAGCACUUCGAUGAAGGUACGCCACUUCUUUUCUUCCUCUAAUCCACUUGCUUUCCGAUUUAAGAUGUCAUGCCAAAUCAAAGAGAUUAAGGAUAGAUUGGAUAAGGUAGCAGCUGAUGGAACUAGGUUUGGACUCAUGAGAAUCGAUGAUGAGCCUGGACUUUCUGUGCAAAGAAGGGAAUUGACUCAUUCCCAUGUUGAUGUUUCAAGUGUAAUAGGGAGGGAGAAUGACAAGGAAGCAAUUAUCCAACUUUUGAUGGAGUCUAAUCCAAAGGGUCUUGGUGAUAAAAGUCUAUCUGUUAUUCCCAUAGUGGGAAUUGGAGGAUUGGGGAAAACCACACUUGCAAAGUUGGUGUUCAAUGAUAAGAGGAUAGAUGAAGUCUUCCAAAUGAAGAUUUGGGUGUGUGUCUCCAAUGAUUUUGAUAUUAGGCACAUAAUUAUCAAAAUUAUUAACUCUGCUUUUCUUUCAUCUUCACCUCCACCUAGUGUUUCUAUUUCUCACCAAGAAGACAUUAACCACUUUGAUAUUGAGCAGCUACAGAUUCGUCUAAGACAUAAACUUUCUAGUCAAAAGUUUAUCCUCGUGUUAGAUGAUAUAUGGAGUGAUGAUCGUGCAAAAUGGAUUGAGUUGUUAGAUUUGCUUAAAGUUGGUGCUGCAGAAAGUAAAAUCAUAGUGACAACACGUAGCAACCCAAUUGCUUCAAUGAUGGGUACUGUUCCUUCAUAUGUUUUGGAAGGUCUUUCGGAAGAGAACUGUCUGUCUCUAUUUGUGAAAUGGGCAUUCAAGGACGGGGAAGAAGAAAAAUAUUCAAAUCUGGUUGAGAUCGGAAAAGAAAUUGUGAAAAAAUGUGCAGGUGUUCCGCUGGCUGUCAGAACUCUAGGAAGUUCCUUGUUCCCAAAAUAUGAUUUAAAUAAGUGGAUAUUCGUAAGAGACCAUGAGAUAUGGAAUUUGGAACAGAAGAAAGAUGAUAUUUUACCUGCAUUAAAAUUAAGCUAUGAUCAAAUGCCAUCCUAUUUGAGACAAUGUUUUGCUUUUUUUUCUUUGUAUCCAAAAGAUUAUAUCUUUAAUGUCGCUUCAAUUACUACUUUGUGGAUAGCCCUUGGACUAGUUCGACCCAGAAAUGGAAUUGAAAAGCCAGAGAAUAUUGCAAGAGAAUGUAUUGAUGAUUUACUUUCAAGAUCGUUUCUUCAGGAUUUCAAUGAUUAUGAGUUCAAUUGUGACUUCAAAGUGCAUGAUUUGAUACAUGAUCUUGCAUUAUAUGUUGCAAAAGAGGAGUUUGUAAUGGUAGACUCAAAUACACAGAAUAUAUCAGACCACGCAAGACAUUUAUCAAUUGUUGAAAAUGAUUCACUUGGUCAUGUUAUAUGCCCUAACUCCAAAAGUGUAAGAACUAUUCUAUCUCCGGUUGAAGGUGUGGGCCUUGACAACGAAACAUUGUUGCAUACAUGGCUAUCAAGAUAUAAAUACUUGCGGUAUUUAGAUUUAAGUGAUUAUUCAUUUGAGACUCUUCCUAACUCUAUUGCUAAAUUGGAGCACCUGCGUGUUUUCAUUCUCAAUAAUAAUAUCAAAAUCAAGAGACUUCCUCAUUCUAUUUUCAAACUCCUUAAUUUGCAAAUCUUGGAUCUCAGUGGAUGCACAAAGCUUGAAACAUUGCCAAAAGGAUUAGAGAAGAUGAUCAGCCUUCAAUAUUUAUCUAUAACCACCAAACAAUCAAUUCUGUCAUUGGAUGAAUUUGCAAACUUGAACCAUCUUCAGUUUUUGGCUUUCAGUUACUGUAAAAAUAUGAAUUUUUUUUUCAGCAUGGCACAUCAACUCACCUCUCUUGAAACAUUGUCUUUGUAUUCGUGUUGGAACCUGAAAUCAUUACCUCUUCAUAUUUUUCCAAAAUUGCAGACUCUAAUAAUUGUAGACUGCAAGAUGUUAAAUAUGUCGUUGAACAAUGAAAACACAAUUCAAAAAUUGAGGUUGAAACAUUUGUGUAUAGGGGAUUUUCCAAGGCUUUUGACAUUGCCCGGAUGGAUUGAAGGUGCUGCAGAAACUUUAGAGACCUUGACAAUUUAUAAAUUUCCUAAUCUUAAGACGCUUCCUAUGUGUCUGACAACAUUGACCCGUCUUAAAAAGCUCUAUAUUUAUGAUUGUCCUCAAAUAUCGAGCCUUCCAUGUGACAUACAUCAUCUAACUUCCCUUGAAGAUUUGGUCAUAGAAGAUUGUCCUGAGUUGUGCCGAAAAUGUAAGCCGCAAUCUGGUGAACACCAGCCUAUGAUUGCUAGCAUAAAAAAUGUUUCCAUCGGAGAACCAAGAGGACAGGAGGAGGAACGAAGACAUCAGACUUCAAAGGUAUGAUGAAAAGAGAAAAGCAAAUUUGAAGGGACAUAUGCAGUAUAACUUUCAUGAGUAAAGCAGGUCCAGUAAUCAACAAGAUUGCCAAGAUGUUUCCAUCAGCACAUUUGAUGUAACCAAAUAAUUGAAAUUUUUUAUUUUCUUCCAUCUUAUAUUUCCAAUACAGAAAGAUAUCUGUAUGAAAA